GUGUCAUGGUGGAAGCGCGGUGCCUCCCGUGGGAUACAUUACCUUCCUUGGGGAUAUAAUUCCUUACACCGUACACGAGAAUGCAACAAAGUUUAGACCCUCGAGAUUCCCGGCUCGCACCCGAGCGCUGCAGAAAACGGGGUAAAAUAACUUUAUAUCUUUUUGCAAAAUAACGGUGCUAAACAAUAAGAUAACAUUUCUCUUUCCUCUCUCACGUGGGAUUCGGCGUUAAACAAUUCUCAGCAUCACCCGGCGAAAAAGAUAUACUUAAUACAUGAAACAUAUUAUGCGCCAUCAACAAGUGUGUGAGAUUUUCUUCACAAUGUUCCAGAUGAUGUCAAUCUACAAUGGAGAGUUAAAUGUUUAGUGAUUAUUCUUUUGUUAAGUUAUGUUUUCUUGAGGAGAUUCGGUGAUUCUCAUUGUGUAAUUGUACAUGUUCAUAACGGCUCCCCCACCCGUUUCGUCCGUUAGAAGUCCCGACCCCCCAUCUAUGAAGGAAGAACCCGUGGCCCCGGUCCAAAACAACUCCAUACGGAAUUGGAUGCAGCCCACGGCACUGGACCAAGGGGGAAAUGCGGGGUUCGGAAGAGCACAUUUUGAAAAACAGCCACCGAGCAACCUCCGGAAAAGUAACUUCUUCCAUUUUGUGCUGGCUUUGUAUGACCGGCAGGGACAACCCAUUGAAGUGGAAAGAACGGCCUUCAUUGACUUUGUGGAGAAGGAUCAGGAGUUGGAAGGCCAGAAAACAAAUAAUGGAAUACACUAUAGGCUUCAAUUAUUGUACGCUAAUGGAGUUCGGCAGGAACAAGAUCUCUUUGUUCGUCUCAUCGAUUCCGUUACAAAGCAGGCCAUUAUCUACGAGGGCCAAGACAAAAAUCCAGAGAUGUGCCGAGUGUUACUCACCCACGAAGUCAUGUGCAGUCGGUGCUGCGACAAGAAAAGUUGUGGAAACAGAAACGAGACCCCCUCAGACCCGGUCAUCAUUGACAGGUUUUUCCUAAAGUUCUUCAUGAAGUGCAAUCAAAACUGUCUAAAGAACGCGGGGAAUCCCCGAGACAUGAGGAGGUUCCAGGUAGCUAUCUGUACGACAAUCUCCGUGGAGGGGACACUAUUGGCCGUGUCGGAUAACAUGUUCGUCCACAACAAUUCCAAACACGGGCGGAGGGCCAGACGACUGGACCCCACGGACGGAGAUGCCUGGUUCUUCGCGGACUCAUACACCUCCAGGGCCUUCAGCCGCUACCCUCGGGAUGCCGGGGCCAUCACUACUCCGACUAUCAAGGCCAUUUGUCCCAGUGAAGGAUGGACGCUAGGGGGCACCACCAUCAUCAUUAUUGGAGAUAAUUUCUUCGAUGGACUCCAGGUGGCAUUUGGAUCUGUGUUUGUUUGGAGCGAGCUCAUUACGUCACACGCCAUACGUGUUCAGACACCUGCCCGGCAACUCCCAGGGGUCGUGGAGGUCACGUUGUCCUACAAGUCCAAGCAGUUCUGUAAAGGUGCGCCAGGGAGAUUCGUCUACACAGCUUUGGCGGAGCCAACCAUUGAUUAUGGGUUUCAGCGCCUGAUGAAGCUCGUCCCGAGGCAUCCCGGAGACCCAGAGAGACUUCCGAAGGAAAUUGUUCUGAAGCGAGCUGCGGAUCUCGCCGAGGCUUUGUACAGUAUGCCCCGCAACCCCAAUCAACUUUCCCUCCCCCCGCCGCGGUCUCCAGCGAUGACCAACGGCUCCCCCAUGUCCAGUUUUAACCCUCCUUAUUCCGGACAACUUGCUGUCAGUAUCCAAGACACCAACGGUCAGUGGGAGGAAGGUUACACAAGGGGCCAGGGUUCUAGUUUGUCCCCCAGGGGUUACGGUUCUAAUGGGUCUACGCCUCACAGUAACGGAAGCGGAUAUAGCUCGGCAGCCAUGAACGGGUACCACGCCCCCACUGGUGGUCUGGGGAACAUGGGUAUGAGCAGUCUUGUGACGUCACCAUUCUCCAGUGUAAAUCCUUUUGCGCUUCCAACGUGUAAUGGGCAAACAUAUGGUAGCUCCAUCAUAUCGCCAGCAAAAUGAAAAUCAAAAAACUAGUCUCAUCGGGACAAAGUUCCGGCUGUAAUAUGUACACGAGAAUGGCGGUAGAGUGCUGUACUGUGGUGGGCUGGACAGAAGGAGGGACUGAGAGUGACAGUGACAUCUUGUUCUUGCCACUGCGCCUUAAUGUUCACUUGCUCACGUGACCUUAAAUUUAACGACAUCCAUCCUGGUUUUCGGUACUUACUGGGAGCAGACUUUUAAGUACGAAAGACGGCUGUUGUCAGUUGACUCAGAUGGUUAAUUUCAUUUAGAUUUUUAAUGUAAUCAUCACGUGCGAGGUUUAAUUGUUCAUGUCUUUUUCAAUUUAAACCAUUCAGCAUAGUAUGAUAAUUCAAGGCAAGUAAUACCACAACCAUCUAGGUGUAAACAGCUUUGACAAAUUCAAAAUACAAAUACUCAGACAUUAAGGGUCUAUGGCUCAAUAUUGUGGUAACCAAUCUUUAUGCUUUAAAUAUGUUUUACUUCCGAUGUUAUGGUUUUGUUUAAUUGUUUGUUUACAAGAGGUUGUGUUGAUAAUUCGGUAUUCUUUACUCAUUUCUAUAUUAUAUAUAUUUACACACAUAUAUUUAAUGUUAAAUCUUAAGCCUUUAAUUGGCUAAUAAUUCCAAACCGAAGUAUGUUUAAAGAUUUUAAUAGUAGAGUAGAUUUGUGUACUCUGAGUGAACUUCUUAAGAUGGGGUUUACGUUUACUGUAACCUUACAUGAACUUCUUAAGAUGAGGUUUACGUUUACUGUAACCUUACAUGAAGUUCUUAAAAUGGGGUUUACUUUUAUUGUAACCUUACAUGAACUUCUUAAAAUGGGUUUUACGUUUACUGUAACCUUACAUGAACUUCUUAAGAUGGGGUUUACGUUUACUAUAACCUUACAUGAACUUCUUAAAAUGGGGUUUACGUUUACUGUAACCUUACAUGAACUUCUUAAGAUGGGGUUUACGUUUAUUGUAACCUUACAUGAACUUCUUAAAAUGGGGUUUACGUUUAUUGUAACCUUACAUGAACUUCUUAAAAUGGGGUUUACGUUUACUGUAACCUUACAUGAACUUCUUAAGAUGGGGUUUACGUUUACUGUAACCUUACAUGAAUGAAAUCCAAUAGACCAAUGUUCGCUAUGUAUUGUAGAUGCUGAAUUAAUGAUUUGUUUCAGAUGUGAUUCGGUAUAUAGAUAGCGUGUUCUUCUCUUUCCAGUGUCCCAGCUAUUUUUGACUCACUAGCUUUAGUUAUCAGUAACUUUAACAUGUCCUAUAUUGAAAUAGGUAUUUAUGAUAGUUUUGUGAUCGACAUUGUUUUUCUGUUUGAAGUAUUUUUUAUAAUUUACUUUUGAUAGUAUUUAUUGUAAAUUAUCAUUGUCUACUUAUUCCCGAAGUAGCGAGUUUACGUUUUAAUUUAGUCCAGUGAAUACCGAUUUGAACAUAUUCUAAUCCAUUAAUUAUCGGAAUAUCAAGUCCAGUGACUUAUUUGAAAGUUUUCUAAUUUAAUCAAUUACUCAGAUAUCUACUCCGAUGGAUAUUGAUGUGUUUUUUCUAGUCCAUAUACAUGUUCAGAGUCUAGUGAAUCUUUAGUCCAUCAAUUAUACUGAUGCAUAUAUCUAGUCCAUUUUUACUUUUGUGCCAAUUUGUAAUUGUAGUUUUUUUUUUGUUUUGUUAUAAAAGUCAGGUCAAUUUUAUAUUUUAUUUUUAAAUGUUAUAAUGAAGUUCACGAAAAUGGGGAAAAAUAACUUUACUGUUUCUCAAGCUUUAUGAAAGACUUUCUUGCCAGUGCGAUCGGCGAAUGAUUUGUUUAAAAUGCCCAAAAUGGGUUGUCGUAAGGCAUUAGUUCGCAACAAACAUUGAAGUGGCAGUCCACGUCCCGCGGAGAUGUCCACGUCCCGCGGAGAUGUCCACGUCCCGCGGAGAUGGUUUAUUUAUGAAAAAGCUACAGAUAACUUUGUUUUAUAUUUUGUAUCCAAAGGCUCAAACGUCACACAUUUGACAAAUGGUUGUGGUUUGUUACUUGGCCUGUAUGCAUGCCAGACAAACACAACAUUUCUUAAGGAGCAGGGGCGCCUUUUACAAAAGAACUUACGACUUACGACAAACUUUACAUACUGUAAUUUUCAACUUUAUUGUAAAUCAUUCACUCCGAAUACAAAAUAUUUUUUAAAGAAAAGAUUGAAAAUUUAGCCUCAGAAAAGUUUUAAUUCAUUCAUUUAAAGUAAUAACUGUAUAAUACAACUUAAGACUUGCGACUUUGUCGUAAGUUGUUUUGUAAAACGGGCCCCAGAUAACUGUGUUUCACCCCUAUAAAGCACUAGUAAGCCUCUCUCAGUUACAAUUUACCCCAUUUAUAUUGAAGUCACUUAUAUUAAACUAUCUGUCAUAAUGAAAUAGAAUAAAUCCCCCAGUAACAAUAUUUAUAUAGUUCAACAUCGGCUUUUUUGAACUUUGGAUACAAUGAAUAAUUCAGGUCAGUCCCAUGAAUUUCAUUAUAUCCGGAGUAGACUGUAUUACAGGUCAGUCCCAUGAACUUUAAUACAGAGCAGACUGUAUCUUUUAAGCAAAGAAAUAUCCUGAUUUACAUAAUGUGACCUGUAGUAGGAAAGGAUUUUUAGGGUAAACCAAUUAUUUCCGGAAUUGCCUGAUGUUCGGGUGGACUGCUGCUUUUAUACACAAUCAUCUUUGUAUUACUUGCUACUUACGUGUUCGAGGUUUUGUUAUUUUUGUACCUCUCUCUGUCUGUUGUCAUUAUACAUCAACUUUUUAUAACAUGUGAAUAACAUCACAUAAAAGAACCAAUAAAAUUUCUUUUAUAUA